AUGUUUUCAUUCACCUCUCUCGUCGUCGCUGCUCUCGCCAUGCUCGCAAUCCAGACGACCUCCGCCGCUCCUUCGGCCGAGUACGUCGUCAGCGAGAGCGACAUCCUCGCCUGGCUCGCCACGACCGACGCCGAGGUCAUCCACGUCGGCGCCGACGGCGAGCCGCUCCCCUUCCCGCCGACGACCCGCGCCGCCGCGCUCGCGCGUCGCGCGUCGAACGUGAACGUCGUCUGGUGCGACAAGCGGUCUGGCGCGGCGUGCGGCGGGACGUGCCGGAUGUACACCGGCACGUCGACGUGCCUCAACGUCAAGGGCCAGGCGGCGUGCCUGAUGGCGAGCGCGAACGUCGCCUUCUGCGACAACACGUCGUGCGGCGGGAGCUGCAACACGUACUUCCAGUGCGGGACGAGGCUCGACAACAACUUCUGCUACACGCCCGGGACGAACUCGAUCAACGUCCCGUUCGUGAACUGA